AUCUGCUUCAAAGUACAGGUUGACAAGACAGAAGCAGAGCAGAACUUUAUGGCACAACAGAGAAUUUCAAGUGGGAAAUACAAUGUCUGACAAUAGCAAGAUGAGCAUCAAUCUCCUCCUGCUUGGAAGAACACAAAGUGGGAAAAGUGCAGCAGGAAACACUCUUCUGGGAAGCACAGACUUUGCCAGUUUUCUUUCCCCAUGCUCUGUGACUACAGCCUGUCACCUAGGUCGCAGCUGUAACAUUUCAGGUUUUGGCCGUCAGCAAGGAAGAGCACUAACUGUGCAAGUCCGUGUCCUGGACACUCCUGGAUAUCCUCACAGCAGCCUGAGCAAAGAGCAGAUCCAGAAAGACAUAAAAGAUGGUCUAGCCCAGCACUUUGGAGAGGAAGGUCUGCACUUGGCACUUUUGAUUCUGAGAGCUGAUGUUGUACUAUGUGAAGAAGAGGAAAUUUCCACCAUACAACUGAUUGAGGAACUCCUUGGGCCUAAUUGGAAGACUUACACAGUCAUUUUAUUUACUCAUGCAGACCAGAUUGAAAAGUCAUCAUUUACUAUAGACAAAUAUUUGCAUAGUGCCUCAGACACACUACAUAAAGUAAUGCAAUUAGUUCAGCAAAAAUGCAUUUUUAUUGACAAUCAUGCCAGAUUUCUAAAACAUGAAAACCUAAAAGCUUUAAGAAAAAUUAUGGAGUUUCUAAAACAAAACAAUUUCCAGACCCUUCAUGUGAAAUAAACAAUGCUAUACAUUUAAAUAACUUAUAAUUUCCAAAUUCUGAAUUCUUUGCUGCUUUUAUAAUUCACUCUUUUGGGGGCAUGAUGGCUCAACAGUUAAAGAUGCUGAGUUUGUCAGCUGGAAGGCUGACCUCCAGGGUUUGAGAUCCAAGCGUCGCACAAUGGAGUGAGCUCCCGAUUCCUGCUGCAGUUCCUGUUCACCUAGCAGUUCAAAAGCAUGUGAGUAGUUUAAUAGGUACCAUUUCAGUGGGAAGAUAACAGUGUUCCGUGUACCUUUGGCAUAUAGCCAUGAUGGACACAUGACCACGGAAAUAUCUUCGGACAACACUGGCUUUCUCUGCCAAGAAAUGGAGAUAAGCACUCACCUUAGAAUUGGACAUGACUGGAUAGAAAAACCUUUACUUUUGAAGUAUUUUUAAAAUUCUUUAGGCAGACAUUUUACAUUUCUAUUACUGAAUAUAACUAGAAUGAAGAACAAAAUUGAAACUAUCCUUAAGAGUUAAUACAGUUAGCUAAAGAGAUAGUGUUUAAUAUUUUGAUUAUUAAAUUAUGGCAGACUGAAAAAAAGUUUGGUUCCUGCUAUCAGCUUUUUUUCCCAGUUCUGUUGCUCAAUCUUAUCAUGAUUACAUUUUAGCAGUAAGAAAAGGUAUUUAAUUUAAACUUUUAAAUUUUAAAUGCUGCAUAAAAUAAUUCACAAUCAUGCAUAAUAAUGCCAAUAUGCCAUCCACUCAACAACAAUCACCGAAUUCACCAAAGCAUUUAAGAAGAAAAGGAGAUUAGAAACAAACAUAUUUGGGAUACAUAGUUAUUUUUUCAGAUUCAAUUUCCACAGUAUCAGAUUGCAGUAUACUAUUGAAAACUACUUAUUUUGCUUAUUUUCACCAAGUAUAUCCAGGAUCAAGUAUAAAUUUCAUAUACUCAAUUCUCAAGGUGGUUUUAAAAUACCUAUACUUUGUGUACUAGGCCUAUAUUUCCAGAAAAUAAUAUAUUUUCAAUACAUUAAAAAUAUUUUAAUAUUAGCUAAUACUGAUGCAUUGAUAACAUCACACUAGAUAUAAAAUAUACACCUUGAUCUCCUUUAUUUCUGAACUACCAGUUUGUGCUGAUGCUGAUUAAUGAAACUUGCCUUGUUUGUUUAGUACUACUACAAGAAUGUUUUUGGGAACAGUAGAGAGGGUGUUUCACUUCAAGCCUGUGUAGCUUAUUUGGCAAAUAUGAUGGAAUCAAUAUCUGCCUUUUAUGUAACUCAGAUAGAAUCCAGUAAGGAGCUCGGGAAUUCAUGAGAAAAUAAAUUGUAACCUACAGCCGUUUUAGAAACUUUAAGGAAUGUUUCCUUCUAUUUUGAAGAAGGCAUUGGUGCACCUCACUUGAAAAUACUGUAUCUCUUGAUCCAACCACAUUGUACAACUUCUGUUCAGAUUCCAAUCUCUACUUUUAAAUGAAAACUUUAUAGAAUGUGGGAGGUUAGUUGCAGAGAGCCCUUGGAAUGAAAUGCAUUACUUUGAUAGCUUUUAAUCUACUUCCAAGCCUGGUGUGGGACUGAAACUGAAUUGUUCACCUUGAUGGAUAACUUUGGUUGGACUAAAUAGUCCUUCUGGUCAUAUCAGAUCUGUCAGUUGCAUUCAGUAACACUGUAUCCUAGAGUUCCUGUGAGGGUUGUGGUUCCAUGCAGCAACACUGUGAGAUGCGCCAUCAAACGUGGGCUGGCACAAGAUUCAACUAUGCUAGUUGAACCACACUAUUUUCAUAUAUGUAUGAAACUGGCGGCAGAGAUAAUCCUUAGUUCAUGAAGAGGUAUUGUCAUUAUACCCAACUACAUUUAACCUUUGGAAGCCAAGCAGGAAACACACUGGACAUUCAGUCAGAAUGUGGAAACUAUGAGGGAGGAGUAAAGAUGAAAUAGACUGAAAUUUGAACACCCAAAAAGAAGAGUCACUAAGUCACAGUAAGCAUCUGAUUCAAUAUCAGUUCCUACUCUGAAUCUUCAUAAGGCGUGUUAUGAAUACAAUUCAAAGUUCUGGUUUUCUUCUACAAACCCUCUAUUGAGAUCAAGUUGAGAUUGUUUUCACAAAUAGUAUCUACUUGCCUUGUGUCUUCAGUAUGGAAGGAGAUGCUUCAGAGCCCUCCUGCUCAAUAGGUAAGGACUGAGAGUGGAGAUAAAGCUUGUGGGCAGAAUAACCAACCUUUAGAUGACUGAAUAGUGUUCCUAUUUUGUUAGUUUUUAAGAAGGCACCAAAAAUGAAAUAUUCUUUACAUGCAUAUGGAGUUAAAGUGCUAUCUCACAGAGCUGCUAUUAAAGUGGUUUUCAAUUUUAAUGUUCAGUAACUUUUUAGUACAUUUCCCUUUCAGUGGUUUAAAUGGAUUUUAAUGAUAGACAACAUAUUCUAUCUAUUUCUCUAUAAUUCUUUUCACAGGGCACCCAAUCAUGAAAUUCAUCUAUUAUUUAUACAGUUUCCGUUUUUUCUCUGGACCAUUUUUCUGAGCUAUGUAUUGUUACAAUCAUUUGAACUAGAGUAUUAAUAUAUUACUGUAAUAAAUUUCACUACAACCUGACAAUUACUUAAUUUUCAUCCAUUAGCAACAUUUGAGUUUGGGAGGGAGGGAUCCUAGUUCCAAACUAGUUUCCAACCCCGCUUAUAGAUACCACAAAAUGAACUGAUGGGUAUGGGCAUGCAUACAUUCUCUACCAUUUAUCUGUGGCCCUAAUUUUUUUUUUUUUCAGUUUUAUACAGGAAUGAAAGUUUGUAUUUUUGGUAUAUGUUUUCCUCAAGCCUGACUCUAUAACUCAUAGAUUUGCUCAGUUUUCUCACCACAGUACAGAAGUUGUUUGUCAUUCCCUUCUUUCAGAAACUUUCUUCAACUUCCUUAUCUGGUGUCUAUCUUUGGU